AUGAUCGCCAAAUGUGAGUUGACAGAUUACCUCAUGACAAAGGAGCAUGUAAAGGCCCGAGAGGUCUAUCCCCGCAAGGUAGAAGGUACGCAAGUAAAAGUCAUCCAUGCGAUACAUGGUAGGUCUGAAGAUAAUCAAGAGUCCGAGGAGGUGUACAGGUCCAGAUUAAGGGCGACCCACAAGCUCAGAAAGAUAUCCUCGGUCAAUGCUAUCAAUUCUGGUAGCAUUAAUAUUGGAUUCGGAGAUAGCGACCUAUCCAGAGUGCAACUCCCCCAUGAGGAUCCAUUGGUCAUCAAUCUUUUAGUGGCCAAUUGUAUGAUCAGGAGGGUUUUGGUAGAUCCAGGAAGUAGCACUAACAUAAUCACAAAGACGGUCUUUGAUCAGUUAGAGAUCGCGUCAUCAUCUAUUCGACCCACCUCUAGCCCGUUGAUGGGAUUCGAUGGCACAAGAGUAGAUCCCCUUGGAGUAAUAAACUUGUCUGUAACCGCAGCGAAGAGGACUCUGAAGGAGAACUUUGUUUUAACAGAGAUCCAUCAUUCUUACAAUCUCAUCAUGGGAAGAGGUUGGAUACAUCGGAUGAAAGGAGUUCCGUCCACCCUCCACCAGGUGAUGCGGUGCUUAUCUCCAGACGGGAAAGAAGUAAUUAAUCUGUGGGGCAAUCAAGUCGCAGCGAAGGAAUGCUAUAUGCUGACACAGGUUGAGGCGAAGAAGAUGUCGAUUCAACAGCAACCAAGUGAGGCUUCCAAAACUGGACCCAAAUAG